AUGAACUGCACUCCUAAUGCCACCAUUACGCCACAGCUGGGACUUAUCCUGAGCCCGGAAUCUGGAGAUGGAGGGUCCCAGCAGAGUGCUGGUGGCGGUGGAGGCAGCGGGGUCCUUUGGGUAACAUCUCUGCUUGGUGUCACACUGAUUAUCAUGUGUGCCAUGGGUGUGGCAGGCAACACGUACACACUCAUAAUUACUCGUUCAGCAGCUUUGCGCCGGACAGGUUCCAUGUAUGUUUACAUUAUCAAUUUGGCUCUGGCAGACUUGCUCUACCUCUCCACCAUCCCCUUCGUGGUGUGCACAUACUUCGCCCAUGACUGGCUGUUUGGUGAGGUUGGUUGUCGCAUCCUGCUAAGUCUCGACCUCCUCACCAUGCAUGCCAGUGUCUUCAUUUUAGUUGCUAUGAGCCUGGAACGCUACCGUGCCGUGGCUAGGCCCUUCAGCGCACACAGGUCCUCGUCCCGCAAACGAAAGCUAGCAGCAGCGAUUAUCUGGGGGUUAGCUUUCGUGGUAACGCUUCCCAUGAUGGUGAUGAUCCGACUCAGGGAGGGCAAAGUAACAACGGUUGGUUUAGUUAAGAGGAUCUGCUUCCCUACUUGGACCCCUGAGGCAUUCAAGGCUUAUAUCACUGUCCUGUUUCUUACAAGUGUUUUAGUUCCUGGAUUGGUAAUUGUUGGACUCUAUGUUGGACUAGCCAGGCGCUACUGUGCUGUGCAGGCUAGCUUACGAGGUAGCGGCCGAUCUUCCCGGAGGAGAGGACUCAAGCAAAAAGUCGUAUCAAUGAUCUUUAGCAUUGUAUUGGCCUACUGGGGUUGUUUCUUGCCUUUCUGGGGAUGGCAGCUAGCCAAACUAUUCUCUCCAGAGUCCCUCAAAGCUUUGUCUCCCGCUGCUCAUAAUUAUGUGAAUUUUUUUGUCACGUGUCUGACCUAUGGGAACAGCUGCAUCAAUCCAUUUCUUUACACUCUUCUGACCCGGAACUAUAAAGAUUACUUGGCCCAAAAAGGUCAGUCUGUGGGAUCAAGCAGGACUGACCCCGGUUCUGCUGUGACUACGCCAGACCUUUAGACAAUGA